UUUCCUUUCUGGCCUCCUCCUCCCCAUUCCCAUCUUCCCCAGCCCAGCGCCGCCGCAGCGAGAGAGAGAAAUCCGGAGAUUGCCGGAGAAGGGAUGGCCGGAGCGGUCGCGUACGAGGAGCAGCGCCGGAGGCAAGUGGAAGAGAACAGGCGCAAGCUCGACCAGCUCAAGCUGCACCACCUCUCCGCCGCCCUCAGGGACGCCGCCGUCGACCCCAAGCCCUCGCCGGUCAAAUCUGCGAAGCGGAAGCCUCGAGGGCCGCCGCCGGGGGACGCCCCGCCCCGCCGCUCCGGCCGCGUCGCCAGCCUCCCCGAGCAGCCCAACUACCGGUUCGAGGAUACCUAUGGUGUCCUUGAGAAGAGUAUCAGGGGGAGCAGGACGCACACCACAAGGAGCGACUUGAUUGAUCGAGUCUACGCGACCGAAGAAGCCAGAACCUAUGCCACCGACAUGGCCGAACAGCUGCAGGGCAAGCUGGACCCCCGCCACCCCAGUUUUGUCAAGCCCAUGACCCAGUCUCAUGUCACCGGAGGCUUCUGGCUAGGCCUCCCCAAGCAGUUCUGCACCAGGCAUCUCCCAAAGCGUGAUGAGUGGAUCACUCUGGUGGAUGAGAUGGGUGCUGAGUCCGAUUCGUACUACCUUGCGCGCAAGUGGGGCCUCAGCGCCCAGUGGAAAGCGUUUGCCAUCAAUCACAAGCUGGUCGAUGGUGACUGCCUGGUGUUCGAGCGCAUUGACCGGGCAAAGUUCAAGGUACACAUUAUCAGACAAAGUUCAUAUUAUAAGUAACGACUGAUGAGGGUGUGAGAUACUUAGAGCAGGUCUGCCUGAAGGAACUGGACAAUGAGUUGCAAAUGGAGAUCGUGAACCGUCUUCAGCCUUUUGGGUGACGACAAUGUUAAAAAUAUUAACUUCACAGAUUCUCCUAGUAGUUAUGUUUAGACUUAUCUAUGGGAACCAACGAAACUUGUAAAUUUUGCCUGUGAUGCCCCAUCCUUAUUCCCAUCCAACUUCUUGUGAUGUCCAAUUUGAUUCACUCUGCAGGCAUGCAUAAUUUAGCAGAUUUCUUUCGCUUA